CCCCAAUUGCUGCUUUCCAUUGACGCUAUCGCGCUUUUUUUUCAUACGCAAAAACAUUGUUUAUAAAAGUAUAAAUAAAUCCUUUUAAAUUGGCCACCAGUUGAUAAAUCAACAUGAUGGCGCGCCGAGGUGGAAAGCGCAUACGUAUGGAUGAUCCGCCUCCGGCUCCGGAAUACGACGAGCUGCACAGCGAUGCCUUAAAUGAAAGCACAUCUGAUGCAGACAGUCCCACCAAGCGCAUGACGCGCCUGCGGGCACGCGGUGGUGUGCGUGACAAGCCGCCAAUCAUUGAUGACGACGAGGAUGAGUUCUUUGCCCCAGUUUCACGCAAAAGGAAGACGCCGCAAGCACGCAAACCUCCAGCGGAGCGCAAGGAACGCAUUGAGCGGCCACGCAAGGAGCCCGUGGAGAAGGCACACCAUGAACGCAUAGACAAUGAGCGUGAAAUUACCACUGACGAGAACAGCCUGUACUAUAUUGUGCGACAUUCUAAAAAUCCCAUUGCGAGCAUCGUUGACCAGUGGAUUGGGCAGUACAAGGGGAAUCGGGAGACAGCGCUCGUCGCAUUGAUGCAGUUCUUCAUAAACGCCAGCGGCUGUAAGGGCAAAAUAUCGGAGGAUAUACAAUAUCCCGUUGAUCAUACGGCUAUUAUUCGCCGCAUGACGGAGGAAUUUGAUGAGGAAAGCGGCGAGUAUCCAUUAAUCAUGACCGGCACACAAUGGAAGAAAUUCAAAAAUAAUUUCUGUGAUUUUGUACAAACACUUGUUAAACAAUGCCAGUAUUCCAUUAUCUACGAUCAGUUUUUAAUGGAUAACGUUAUAUCGCUGUUGACGGGACUCUCCGACUCUCAAGUGCGCGCCUUUCGUCAUACCGCAACAUUGGCGGCCAUGAAAUUGAUGACCGCCUUGGUGGAUGUUGCCCUCCUCGUAUCCAAUAAUUUUGAAAAUGCAGCUAAACAAUUUGAGGCCGAACGUGUCAAGUCGCGCGAUCGACGCGCAUCGGAUCGCUUGGACUCAUUGAUGACAAAACGUUCGGAGCUGGAGGAAAAUAUGGAUGAGAUCAAAAGCAUGUUAACCUACAUGUUCAAAUCGGUGUUUGUGCAUCGCUACAGAGACACGUUGCCGGAUAUACGAGCCAUUUGCAUGGCUGAGAUUGGCAUCUGGAUGGAAAAUUAUCCACAAAAUUUCCUCGAUGAUUCAUAUUUAAAGUAUAUUGGCUGGACGUUACACGAUAAAAUUGGCGAGGUACGCCUACGAUGUUUGCAAUCGCUGCUGCCGCUCUAUGACAAGGAGGAGCUUAAGGGCAAAUUGGAGCUGUUCACAUCCAAGUUCAAAGACAGAAUUGUGGCUAUGACAUUGGACAAGGAAUUUGAGGUGUCCGUCCACGCAGUUAAACUGGUUAUCAGCAUACUAAAAAUACAUCCGGAAAUAUUGGCUGAUAAGGAUUGUGAGAUCGUUUACGAGCUGGUCUACUCAUCACAUCGGGGUGUUGCACAGGCCGCUGCAGAAUUUCUGAAUGUGCGUUUGUUCCACCUCACUGCCGACAUGGAGGAAACGAAGACCAAACGCGGCAAACUGCGUCUGCCCAAUACGCCACUUAUACGCGAUCUAGUGCAAUUUUUUAUUGAAUCGGAGCUGCACGAACAUGGCGCAUAUUUGGUCGACUCGUUCAUUGAUAGCAAUGAGAUGGUGCGUGAUUGGGAAUGUAUGACGGAUCUGCUGCUAGAGGAGCCCGGGCCCAAUGAAGAGGUGCUCGACAACAAACAGGAGUCCACACUCAUUGAAAUAAUGGUGAGCAGUGUAAAGCAAUCGGCAUCGGGCGAGGUGCCCGUGGGACGUGCCAGCAAUCGCAAGUUUACGCUUAGCUCCAAGGAGCUAAAGGCUAUACAGGACGAGAAGGUCAAACUGACGGAGCAUUUCAUUGUGACUCUGCCGGCUCUGUUGGAAAAGUAUCAGGCUGACAGCGAGAAACUGGCCAAUUUGCUGGCUGUGCCACAGUACUUUGAUCUAAAUCUGUACACCACCAACCGACAGGAGGGCAACCUGCAGGCGCUGCUCGACAAAAUCAGUCAGGUAAUGUGCAUGCACACCGGCCGCGACGUACUCGAGACUUGCGCCAAGACACUGGAGUGUCUCUGCGCCGAGGGCAGCGCCACUUACACCCGCUGCAACAUUGCGCGCUCCAACAUCAUCGAGAAUGCGGUCAACAAGUACAAGGAUACCAUCGUUGAGUGGCGCAAUCUGAUUUUGGGCGAGGAGACACCAAAUGAGGAUGAUAUCUACAAUAUAACCAUAACGCUAAAAGUGCUGUCAAUUUUGUAUUCGUCGCACAAUCUGAAUCCGUGGGACCUAUUCAAAUCCCUAUUCCGUGACGUCGAGGAGGCUCAGUGCAAGGACAAUGUUGAACGUUGCCUGCCCAACGAGGCGCUGGCCUAUUGCAUAGAGGCCUGCUACUUCUCGAUUAGCUGGGGCCUCUACUAUGUCGAGAAUGACUGCGAGACGCUGAAUGUGGCUCAGGCAGUUGCCGAGCUGCGCGGCAACUUGGACAGCUUCAUGUCCGCCUGCUUUGAGCUGACCCGCGAUGGACCCACUGUCCAGAUUCAAGAGGCUGCCUACCAGUCCAUCUGUGAUCUGCUUAUAAUCUACUCGGAUCAGUUGGCGCGCAGCGAGAGUGAGCAUAUACGCAGCUUGGAGUACAAGUCCCGCAUGGACGAGCAUCUCAUAUUGGACAACUUUGUGCAGCACUAUGUGUUCUCGCUAAAGCAAGUUGUUGCCCAGGAUGAAACGCGCAUCGAGGAGCUGCACAAAAAACGCAACUUCUUGGCCUGCUAUUGCAAGCUAAUUGUCUACAACAUAAUACCUACGAUGCGUGCGGCGAGCAUCUUCAAAUACUAUGUCAAGUGCUAUAACGAGUAUGGCGACAUUAUAAAGGCGACGCUGGGCAAGGCCCGCGAAAUCAAUAAGGUCAACUUUGCGAUGACGCUGCUGCUGAGUCUCAUCACCGUAUUUAAGAGUCUGCAGGAGCAGAGCGAUGAUGGCGUUGUAUCAAAAAGCUCACAGGAAUUUAUUGACCUAAAGGAGUUGGCAAAACGAUUUGCGCUUACUUUUGGCUUCGAUGCGCUUAAAAAUCGCGAUUCGGUUGCAUCCAUACAUCGUGGCGGUAUUUACUUUGCUGCCAAUAAACAGCCCGACGAUCCAGUGCGAGCACCGACUCGCCUAUUGUUUCUGGAGGUGCUUAAUGAGUUUAACUAUAAAUUGUUAAAGCAGGACAAAAAGGUAAUUAUGGCCUUCCUAGACAAGGUCAUACCGCCGGGCAUGCCAUCGAGCCGAGCCGAGGAAUGGCAGCCCUUGAUACUCUAUCGCAACUCCCUGCUGCACGGCGAGACCGAUCAGGCGCCGGUGGCCACACGUCGUGCAUACACACGCAAGCGCAGAGAUCAUGAUGAAGAUGACGAGGAAGAGGAAGAUGAGGAGGAACACAAUGAUCCCGACUAUAGAGGCUGACCUGUCCUCUGGGGUAAUAAAAAAUAAUAUAAAAUUAACAACCCAUUCACUUAAUUAUAAGAAUAAAAUGUAACUUAAAUUUGAACGUAAUAUUAAUUAUACAGUUCAAAAGGUGUGACAGAGUA